AUGCCCCGACAGGACUCAACGGUCAUGGCCGGCAGUCUGACCCACCACGGCUCCCCGAACCCCGGCUACAGCUCCAACAACGCUGUCCCGGUGCCGGUCAUUACACAGACGGACUCCAGGGACAAAUGGAGCAAAAAGAUGGAUUUUCUCUUGUCUGUCAUUGGUUUUGCGGUGGAUUUGGGAAAUGUUUGGAGAUUUCCGUACGUAUGUUAUCAAAACGGCGGUGGUGCUUUCCUUAUUCCCUACAUUUUGAUGGCCAUCUUCGGUGGCGUGCCGCUCUUUUACAUGGAGCUGGCGCUGGGACAGUUCCACAGAACGGGAGCCAUAUCCAUAUGGAAACACAUCUGUCCCAUUUUCAAAGGUAUAGGAUACGCCAUUUGUAUCAUCGCUCUGUAUGUGUCCUUCUACUACAACACCAUCAUCGCCUGGGCCCUCUUCUACUUCUACUCCUCUUUCUCCAGCAUCUUGCCUUGGACAAACUGCGACAAUGUGUGGAAUACCCCCGACUGCACCAACUAUUUUGGCAUGGACAACGUCACCUGGACGAAUUCCUCCAGGUCUCCGGCAGAGGAAUUUUACACGAGGAAUGUUCUUGAGAUCCACAAGUCAUCAGGGCUAAAAAACGUCGGGGGUGUUCGCUGGCAGCUGAUGCUCUGCCUUUUUCUCAUUUUCACCAUAGUAUACUUCAGCCUGUGGAAGGGAGUGAAGACAUCAGGGAAGGUAGUGUGGGUGACCGCCACCUUACCCUACAUUGUGCUUUUCAUCCUCCUAAUUCGAGGCGCCACUCUGCCGGGAGCCUGGAGAGGUGUUGUAUUUUACCUAAAACCACAGUGGGAGAAGCUGCUGGAAACCAGUGUGUGGGUGGAUGCUGCUGCUCAGAUAUUCUUCUCUCUGGGGCCAGGGUUUGGGGUUCUCCUGGCUCUGUCCAGCUACAACCCUUUCACAAAUAACUGCUAUCGUGACGCCAUCGUGACAAGUUUGGUGAAUUGUCUGACCAGCUUUGUGUCGGGGUUUGUAAUAUUUACGGUGCUGGGCUACAUGGCAGAGAUGAGGAAGGUGGAGGUCGAGGAUGUAGCCAGGGAUAAAGGACCAAGUUUACUCUUCAUCACGUACCCAGAGGCCAUUGCAAACAUGAUGGGCUCAACCUUUUUUGCAAUCAUCUUUUUUGUGAUGAUGAUCACGCUGGGACUGGACAGUACUUUUGGUGGGCUGGAGGCGAUCAUCACUGCCGUGUUGGAUGAAUACCCAGAUCAUUUCUCCCACAGACGUGAACUCUUCGUUCUGUGCCUGGUUGUCGUCUGCUUUUUGGGUUCUCUAAGCACCCUUACAAAUGGUGGUGCAUAUGUGGUGAAGCUGCUGGAGGAAUUUGGAGUUGGGUGCUCCAUUAUUGCUGUGGGUUUCCUUGAGGCCAUUGCGGUUUCCUGGUUCUACGGCAUCAAAAGAUUUAGCAAUGAUGUUCAGGCCAUGUUGGGCAAAGCUCCAGGUUUAUUCUGGAAGGUGUGCUGGGUCGCAAUCAGUCCAGCAUUUCUGGCGUAUAUCAUCGUGAGCUCCCUGCUGAAAGCACCGCCCCUCGCACUGUUUGAUUACAAGUACCCAGACUGGAGCAUCACAGUGGGAUACAUCAUUGGCUUCUCAUCCUUCAUGUGGAUCCCCAUCUAUAUGGUCUACAAGCUGGUAUGGACCCCUGGAUCUCUCAAACAGAGGUUGGCGGUGUGUCUGAGACCUGAGAGGACCAUACCAGACAUCCACGCCGACAGCCUCAACAUGGCUACUGUGCCAUAGAGGGAAAAAAAAACACCUUAACACAUGAAGAACACACUUGUAGAUGCCCAUUCAAACCACAGUUUUAAGUUACUUGUGACUGAACUGAUUUCGUGACAUUAUGACAGUUUCCUGUCAAUGAUGUCAAACAUGUCAACUUUCACUGCACAUGCACACUCUGUAAAAUGGUAAAAUGCUGCUAAAUUUGUAAUUUCAAGAGGAACUGAGAUAGCAAUACUCAUAUUUUACCUGUAUGAUCUUUGUCAAUCAGAUUUACCUGCAGUACAUCACCAGGACAGUUUGUAGCUUUCACAUAUUGCCAUUUUCAAGUGUUGCAUUCCUGUGGUCGUGGGAGUCAGUAGUAAAUUCAAUGGUCUGUCUCUUCCCUUAAUCAGCUGUGUUCAUCUCACAAGAACAUAAAGCCAAGGAAAAUAAAAACAUGUAUUUCUGUAUGUAACAUCAGCACAUCAUUUGUAUUGCAUGGGGCCAUUUUCUCUAUACUUAUACUAUAUUUCCUAUACAUUGGGAAAGAUCCAUGAAAUCACCUCUGCAUGCUCAGCUAUAGCAACAAUGCAAACACCAGUGCUGCACCUGCAGCAACAGUGUGGUUAACAAAGUUUUCCCCCACUAAACUAAUCAUUUUGCAUAUAAUUGCAUGUAACAAAAAAAAACUUUCUUCAAUCACCAACAUACUGUACGGCAUGUUAGAUUCGUCAGAUGAAGAAGUGACUGUCCAGGGGCAGUCUCCUCUUUAUUUUUGGUCAAUGCUGUAUUUUAUAUUCAUACAAUAGAUCUGUAAUUCAUUGCUUGUAUAGGAUUUCAUGCCAGCUGCUGGAUAUAUCUGCUAAAAAUGUUUUGUUUUUCCCUACAAGUGUUUGUAAUGGAGGUAAGUGAGGCGCUCAGAGAAAGACCACAUUACAAUGAUAAUCUUCUCAUUACGAUCAUAGAGUAGCAGUUCACAUAGAAAGAAGAUGCUUUGUACUUUCAUGUGAAAUGUAAGAAUCGAUUGAAAUAUGUGCAGAUGUUUGUGUAUCACUGUAGUUUUUCCAAGUCAAAAUGAACUUUUUGGUCUUCAUCUGAUGGCUUCAUUUAUCUCCAGAUAGCCUGUUUUGCCUUAAUUUGCCUGAAUAUUACACUGUAUGUACAAUACUUGUAAAGGUUGUAUUGAUAUUUAUUGAUAUUGUGCCUCUCCAGACAAUGUUUUCACUCUCUCAUUGAAGACUGUUCAAAUGUUUUUGCAGCUAUACAGUAUAAUAUGUCUUAGUCACACGUGUUAACUUACCUAAAAAAGCGCUUUAUACUUUGUUUAUAUUCAGAGAGUGUGAUGAGCAAGGUGAUGAUUGUUGUGUGAUUUCAGUCAUGGUUUCUGUAGUAAG